GCCCCGCAGAACCGCCGCCAUCGCAGCCAUCGUGUCGGGACCUCUCAGUUGCCGGGGCUGCCCUCCGCGCUGCCUGCGCCCAGCGCGCCGGCAGUCCAGGGAGCGCGGUCUUGAGCGAGUACUGAAGAUUGAACCCAAGGACUUCUACGUACUAGGCAAGAGCUCUACCACUGAACUGCACCCCCAGAUGCUGGGAGUCCUUCUUCUGCUGUUGGCAGCUGCCUCAUUGGGCCUUGUGCUGCUAGUCCUGCUGCUAUUACGGAGAUACCGGUUGUGCUGGGGAUUAUUAGUCAUCUUCUGGCUUGAGUGGGUCCUGCAGCCAGUCUGCAACCUGAUCAUGGGUGACACUAAGGAGCAGCGUAUCCUCCGCCACGUGCAGCAGAAUGCAAAGCCUGGAGACCCCCAGAGUGUGCUGGAAGCCAUUGAUACUUACUGCACACAGAAAGAGUGGGCCAUGAAUGUGGGUGAUAGGAAAGGCCAGAUUGUGGAUGCCGUGAUUCAGGAGCACAGCCCCUCCCUCGUGCUGGAGCUGGGGGCCUACUGUGGCUACUCAGCUGUGCGCAUGGCUCGCCUGCUGCCGACUGGUGCACGACUGCUCACCAUGGAGAUGAACCCUGACUUUGCUGCCAUCACCCAGCAGAUGGUAGAUUUUGCAGGUCUGCAGGACAAGGUCACUGUCCUGGUUGGGGCAUCCCAUGACCUCAUCCCUCAGCUGAAGAAGAAGUAUGAUGUGGACACAUUGGACAUGGUCUUCCUUGACCACUGGAAGGACCGAUACCUGCCAGACACACUCCUCCUGGAGGAAUGUGGCCUGCUGCGGAAGGGGACAGUACUUUUGGCUGACAAUGUCAUCGUCCCAGGAACACCCGAAUAUCUGGCAUAUGUGCGUGCGAGCAACAGCUUUGAGUGCACACAUUACAGCUCAUAUUUGGAAUACAUGAAGGUGGUGGAUGGCCUCGAGAAAGCCAUCUACAAGGGCCCAAGCAGUCUAGUUCAGCCUUGAUUGUCUAUCCUGCUCUGGGCUCCCCUGACAAGCUUGGUCCUCCAAAGGGCAAGAUAGACAAACUUCUACUAAUGCCAUUUCAGUAAUUCUGAGAACUGUACUCAAAUCCUGUAAGGCUUGGGCCUUGCCCAUAUAGUGACCUCUCUGUGUUGCAGUUCCAGAUUGUCACACUCUGGCACACUCCAUAGAGUAGGUUCAUUGUGUGAAAAUACUGCUGACAAAGCUAAAUUGAGGGUAGUGGGGAUAUAGCUCAGAGCACUUGCCUAGUGAGGCCCUGGGUUCCAUCCUCAGCAACACACACCACAAACACACACACACAGACCAAAUUGGGGCAGGUGGUAUCUUUGGUGUCACUGACCAGCAAGUGGAAUUCCAAUAGGGUUUCUACAUGGUCCUCAGGCACUGACACCUCCUUUAGACCCAGAAAGGGGUGUGGAAGUCAGACAUUUACAAACUGCUGUGCCUUCCACUCAGGAUGUCCUCAAGGCUUGCUGUCAGUAGGUGGCAGCAAAGCCUCAGUAACUAUCAGAAUUAACAACUCUUACAUACUUUGGACUCCUGAAUUUUCACUUUCUUUUUAAGAAUGAAUCAUAACUGCUUUACUAAAAUUGGCUAGCUGCAAUAAUCUUAUACUAAAAUAAUGUUUAAAGGACAAAAUAGAAAUUAAAAAUUAAACGCUGGGCCCAGUGGUGCAUGCCUGUAAUCCCAAUGGCUCGCGAGAAUCAUGAGUUCAAAGCCAGCCUCACCAACAGUGAGGCACUAAGCAACUCAGUGAAACCCUGUCUCUAAAUAAAAUACAAAAGAGGGCUGGGAAUGUGGCUUAGUGGUCAAGCACCCCUAAGCUCAAUCCCCAGUAUCAAAAAAAAAAAAAAAAAGAAAGAUUAAAUAUUUAGAUACAAGAUAACUGAGUACAGUUCUUCUCAACUGCCACACUGCUCCCUCUUUCCCAGGACCCUUUGCUAAAACCAAACAUGCCAAGUUCCUCUUGAUGGAAUGCUAAUGCUACAGGCUGGGCUCAUGACUGGCUGGAUCCUGUGUAUCACACCCAGCCUAGGACUCCUGGCCAUAGCAUUGAAGUAGAUGCCACCCUUGUUCAAGUAUUACCAAAAAAAAAAAAAACAGAAAAA